AUGUCUUCAUUAGCAGUUGAUUUUCGCAUCUUGAGUCUGAGAGGUAUGGCAGUGUCCGCUGCGAGUUUUGUUGCGUUUUCACUCCUAUACCUACUCCGGACCGCAGUUUACAACAUCUUCUUCCACCCAUUAAAGCACAUCCCUGGUCCACUCUCCUCACGUGCUUCUGGCUUACCGAUUGCAUUUCGCAUGCGCAUUGGCACUAUCAUUCCCUGGAUCCGAGCACAGCAUGAAAAAUACGGAGACGCAGUACGAGUCGCUCCAAACGAGAUUUCCUUCAUCUCAGCGGAGACGGCAUGGCCCGACAUCUAUGGAUUCCGGACAGGUAAAUACAAGAACACAGGUCCAUACUUGAAGGAUCACACAUGGUUUCCAAAGCAGCCGAACCAGGUGGCUUCGAUCAUCACUGCUGGUGAAGAAGCUCACUCUCGGAUACGCAGAAAUGUGUCCCAUGCAUUCAGUGACAAGGCACUGCGUUCGCAAGAGCCCUUGAUACAGAGUUACGUCGACCUACUGAUCCAACGCCUCGAUGAGCAUGCCAAUCAAGGUAAAACCGUUGACAUUAUGCGCUGGUACAACUUCUCCACCUUUGACAUCAUCACCGACCUCGCCUUCGGCGUCCCCCUCAACUGCCUCCGCGAUUCAAACGAUCACACCUGGAUCAGCCUUGUACACUCAUUCAUAAAAGCCUCGGGCAUCCUCUCAACGCGCGCAAGAUUCCCCAUCCUAGCACUAUACGACAAGCUGUCUGCCCUCCUUAGCACCAAGCCCUCGACCGUUGCCGCGCGCAUCAAAUUCUUCCACCUCGCGCGCGCCCAAGUCGGCGCCAGACUAGACAAAGGCCUCGAUCCGAACCGCAACGACUUCUUCAACUUCAUCCUCAAGAACCAAGACAAGGAGACGCAGCAGCUCAGUCGCGGGGAAAUGGACAGCACGGCGACUACGCUGCUGUUAGCCGGCAGUGAAACCACCGCCACCACCCUCAGCGGCGCUACAUUUCUGCUUCUGCGCAACCCCGCCGCCUAUGCCAAACUCGUGCGCGAAGUCCGCACCCGGUUUAUAAAGGCAAGCGACAUCACCGUGGAAGCGGUGAAUGGGCUCGAGUACAUGAUUGCCUGUCUGCAGGAGAGUCUGCGUGUCUAUCCGCCCGUGCCAACGGGCUUGCCACGCGUGGUGCCCGCAGGCGGCGAUUAUAUCUCCGGAUACUAUGUGGCAGCAGGUGCAUCUGUAUAUGUGAGUCAACACGCGACUCACCACUCGUCGCGAAACUUCAGGGAUCCAGAUUGCUAUGUGCCUGAGCGGUGGCUGGGCGAUGAGCGAUACGCAGAGGAUAGGCGGGAGGUGUGGAAUCCGUUUAGUUUUGGGCCGAGGAAUUGCUUGGGCAAGAAUCUGGCAUACGCUGAGAUGCGCCUUAUUCUGGCAAAAGUCCUGUUCCAUUUUGAUCUCAAGCUCGUAGAUGAGCAGGACGAUUGGAUGGAUGGACAAAAAGUUUUUACUCUUUGGGAAAAGCCGGCUCUUAUGGUGAAGGUUUUGUCUGUUGGGCGUUACCUACGGCAUCAGGGGACAACACACAUUGAACCACCACCACUACCCAUCACCACCACACAGCUGCAAUUUGACUUCCUCGAAGGCUGCCCUACUUUACGCAGAAACUGA